AUGGCGUCGCCCUCGCAGUCGCCACCUCCGCCGUACUCCCUGGAGGCUGAGGGUGGCAGUGCAUCAUUACCACCACCGCUGCCACCACGCAACAACUCCCAGAGGCCUGCUGCGGACCCUCAUACAGACUCUUCGUUCGCAGCCAUGGCUUCUCAUGACCCACGCUCGUCGUCGCAGCAGUCGCUGGGCGCGCAGAUUGAUGAUGACAGAGCAGGCAGACGCCGCCUCAUGCUUGUGUACAUCCACGGCUUUAUGGGCGAUGAGACUAGCUUCCGAAACUUCCCCGCUCAUGUUCACAAUCUCGUCUCCGUCACACUGGCCGAGUCUCAUGUAGUCCAUACCAAACUCUACCCGAAGUACCGUUCGCGAUAUGCGCUUGAGGUUGCUAGAGAUGACUUUUCCAAAUGGCUGAGUCCACAUGAAGACAGAUGGACGGAUGUGAUACUCCUUGCACACUCUAUGGGCGGUCUUGUGGCGGCCGACGUUGCUCUACUAUGUCGGCACCGAAUAAUAGGCGUAAUCAAUUUUGACGUCCCUUUCCUAGGUAUGCACCCUGGCAUCAUCAAAGCUGGGCUCGGAAGUAUCUUCAAGCCGUGGCCAGAACCGCAGGAUCAGACCGUUGAAGAACCCGACCCGACUGGAAAGAAACUCAGCCGUUUUAAUACCCUGUUCAACCCUAAACCGAAUGACCCCAACUUCAAUGCACCUUUCCCCAAUGACGUACAUCUUCCGGUGCGGAAAGGAUGGGAAAACACAUUGCACUGGCUGAACAAGCACUCCAACGGCGUGGUUCAGGCAGGGAAAAGCUUGGUUCGGUCGCAUCUAGAGUUUGGCUCCGCUAUGGCCGAUUAUCCUACCCUUAAAGCGCGAUACAUGAAAAUUCGGUCCCUGGAAGAAGAGAACGAAAAGGAAAGGAUUGCUGCCAUGCAUGAGAUGGCGCAUCCGCCACGAAUACGAUUCGUCAAUUACUACACCACAAGCACGGGAAGGCCCAAGAAGCCAAAAUCACCAAAGUCGCCUUCGCCAUCGCAAUCACGGUCCCUCAGUAGAACUUCGCAACAUCCAGCAGACAGUACUACAGCACUUGCGUCGUCAGGCGCGCAGCUCCAAAUAGAUGGCCACGGUUCCGAAGCAUCUACAGUCAGCCCCAGGAUCUCGAUCGAACGCCCCCCGGAAGACGAUGUCUUAGAUUUUGUACCGCCAACACCAAUAGACGAAGUCGAUCCAGAGCCGGAAGUCGUUCCACAGCCGUCACUUGAUCCGCAGCCAUCAGUCGACGCUGAAUCUGCAGAACCUGCAGAAUCUGCAUCUGGACCACAGCUUCCAGAUAUUCCGCCGAUACCCCAGGAGCCCCCAUUCGUUGAUUUGGCGCAGUUCACGGAUAAAAGUCAAAGGAAGGCUGCCGAGAAGGAACAUGACCAAGCCCUCAAAGAGUACCAACGGGCCGUCAAGGGACGUAACAAAGUCAUCAACGAGCGGGACAAAAUUCAGGAGAGGUGGGAAAAGCAGAUGAAAAAGGAUCAGCAGUCAAAAGAGAAGCAAGCGCAGAAGGACCAGCAGUCAAAGGAGAAGCAAGCGCAAAAGGACCAGCAGGCUGAAACGAAGCAAACGGAAACACAUAUGCAGCGAGAGGAGAAGCGGCUGCAGCAAGAGGCGAAGCGUAUGCAGCAAGAGGAGGACCGAAUGCAGGGAUGUCUCCCAAUCGAGGAACGAACAAAGGGCAAGGAGAAAGCUGACAGCGAACAACACACCGAACUCAUCCACGAAGAUGUUGGAGCCGUGCAAUUGGGCGGUGACAACGCACCGCGCAGCUCAACGGAUAAUGGGCCUUAUGGGAACUAUGACUUUUCUCGAAGCGCUAUCAUGAACCAAGCUGAGCCAGAUGACCAAGCCUCCUAUACGACGGCCUCGAAUCCUCCCUCAUCAUACAACGAAUCUACGUAUUCACUCACGACCACAGACAGUAACGUCCAAGCUCCUGCUUCUGAAAAGCCACCAAAGGUGAGGCGCUUGAAGAAGUUCUGCAUGCUUCCGCCAGAGGAUAGUAAAGGGAAUAAAGACCCAACAUGGGUGCGCAUAUUCAUGGAGGGCAUCGACGAAGUCACUGCGCAUACAACGUUGUUCUUCGUGAAUGACACAUAUGAGCGUUUAGUCGGGGAUGUCGGCGCACGAAUCGAAGAGUGGGUGUCCGAAGCCGACAGUUUGCGGCUCGCGCGAGAAUUGGAGAGCUUAUGA